AUGUCCGGCUGCUUUCCUAAGUUGUCCUUUCUUCUGGCAAAGAGGGCUGCUGCUCAGGAACAGGCUUCCAACGUUGCCGACACUGCUGAGACCAACAAGGCCGACGAGACCAACGACGCCAUGUCAAAGCCCGACAAAUACAAGAACCCCUCUGAGAAGGGACCUGCCGUCCCUGGCACUGCCAGCAUGUCAGGUUGGAAGCCGUACACCAUCCCCUACACGGGCACUGGCAUCAAGCGUUCGGCCAGCGGUACCAACUGGGCCUCUCAGAGUUCCCCACAGGCAGAUGGCUUUGCCGUGCCUUCCCACGCUGCGCCGCCUCUUUACAUCACUGAUGACCUAAAGAAGAAGGACCAGGCCGUCAACAAGAAGGGAAAGCAGCCAGCCGGUAGCAUGGACAAGAAGGACAAGAAAGCUGCUUACGAGACCCACAUGUUCAAGGGUGGCUGUAUUGCAAGCCGCGUGAAGCCUGAGGACCGUCAGCCGAUCGAAUAGGUUACAAUAUGGAUUCUCCUUAACACCAAAGCAAGGUUCUAUGUGCGUUGCAGCUGAUCCCUGUAAAGAGACAUUUUGAUACUGGCAUUUUCAUGCGGAUUUGCAUUGCGACGGUGACUUCCUAUCUCGGUAUUGAUGCCACUGACGAUCAUGAGCACAAUCACAAGACAUGACUUUUGGACUGGCU